CAGUAGCUGAGACUGUCGCCGCAAUACACAGACCAAAUAAAAAACGGAGUUUUCAUUUUGUUUUUUGUUUUUCAUUAAUAAGUGCAGUAAGAACAAUGGGUCAGAUUGAAUGGGCCAUGUGGGCAAACGAACAGGCUCUAGCCUCCGGACUGAUUCUGCUAACAGGAGGCAUAGUGGGAGUUGCUGGACAAUUUAAAGACUGGCAAUUUGCAGCCUAUGGAAUUGCUGCUGGCGUGUUCAUCUGUUUGUUGGAAUACCCGAGAGGGAAGAGGAGAAAAGGCACCAGCAUUGAGAGAACGGGUCAGAGGUACCUGACUGUUUGUGUGAAAGCAUUUGGUCCACUCACACGGAACUACUUUGUCCGAGCAGGGCUGCAUGCUGUUCUAUCUGUUCCAGGAGGAUUUAUGCUGCCCACAGUCCUUGGCUGUGUGUGUGUUGCGAUUGCCAGCCUCAUCUAUUUACUGGCUGCCAUCCGCGGAGAGCAGUGGGAACCCAUCAUGCCUCAAGUAGAGAGCAAGGAACGCCCUGGACAAAGUAUGAAGGAACCCCCCUCGAACCCACCCCCGCGCCCCCCCGCAGAGCUCCGGAGGAAACGGCAAGAGGAUGCCGCGUACGUCAACCCCAUUCCCAUCUCUGUCAACUCUGUUUAAGAGCACCUCCGACAGGACCGCGUGACCAAGGACGGGCACAACUGAACAAUCGCUCCAGGCUCUAAUAGGCUGCACUGCAGGGGUUCUAGUUUACAGGAAUUCCUCUAUUUUACCCAAAAAACAUAUUCUGUAAAAAUGUCCCUUGAAAAUACUAUGAACCCUGGUACUGUUUAGAUUUUACCAUUGGAAGGACACGAAAUGUGUAUCUUUUAUACCCCCAAUUUGUUUUGCUUUGUCUUUUAUUUCGGCAGUUUGGCAUUCUAGCAAGUAUUAGUUCUGAUACAUUAAAAUCAUACCAACUGUUUCUCAGUUGGAUCUUUUUGAACCAGUGUGUGUGUAUAAUAUAUAUAUAUAAUACUGAUGGAUCGUUAUUAAUAGAUUUUCUUGUUAGAAGGCAGAAGUUGAAUCAGAUUUGUUUGAAUUCUCACCAACAAUAAAUCCCAUUUGUACAUCUUUUAAGGUAAAUUAAUAAGACUACAUUUUGUUUGGGGGAUAAUCCACCGCUGGAUUUUCUGAGCUAUUUGUCAGCACAUGGCAAGCCUCUAGAUUUCAUUAACUGCUUUUUUUAGGGCGAAUCAUGGACAGGUGGUGGAUGCAAAACCCCCAGCUUUGGCUUAUCCUGGUGGGGAAUAGGGUAAUCAAGUCAACCGAUUAGUGGGUUAUAGUUUCUGUAGUGAUAUUUUAAAGCAUUGGUGAUCGUCAGUGUUUUUAAUAACUUCCCUACUAGUACUUUGAAAUUUGCACUAGUACUGCCUACCAGUGCAAAUUUUAUUUAUUAACAAAAUUGCAAUUGUUUUGCUACAGUGUGCAUAAUAUAAAGGAACAACAUCGACAUGUAGAAGUGAAAAUGUUUUGAAAGUCUUUUUUACUGGCACUGAUGCUAGAUGGUACAAAAGUUAGUUCUAAUGUAUGGUAGUAUCAUCUCUACUGGGUUGGCCACACAGCUGCUGUGUCGACAUGGGCAGGCACAGACGUGAAUUUGAGUCUUCUGUGGAAAUAACUAAAAUAGAGUGUUAUUUUAAACUUCUGUGAUGGUGCUUUUGAGUUUCAAAUGUUCUUUUAAUCGUAAGUUUCUGCUCGCUCAUGUGUUGCAGUUAAACACUGGGAAGUCCCCUUUCUGUUACAUUUUAUUAAGCCUGUUUCCUGUUAAAACAGAAAAAUAGCCAGUGUACCAAAUUAUUUGCCUGUAUAGUGUGCACCACGACUUUCUUAAGUACAGCAGCUUGAAAUGUAACAAUGCAUUUGAUCUGAAAAGGUACCCAAUAACCUGGGUACUUCCAGGUUGCCAUCUAUGUAAACCAGUCCUCUAUCGCCUUUUCCUACCUGUUUAUCAAAUACUUUAAUAGCCUCACCUGCUGUAAUUGGUAUUUUACUAUACAUUGUUUUUUUUCUAUACAAUUUACCAAUAUAAGUACAAAACAGGUUUGAAGAGGAGGUAGUGGUUAUUAUAUUAAUUCCAUGUAUUAGUUCUUUAGUGUUUUUGUUUCUGAAUUGUUGAUCAGGUUUUUAUUUGCUCCAAUUGUUGUACUUGAUAGUUAAACUCCCAUGUUUCCCUUCUUAAAGGGGGGGGAGGGGGGUUAAUAUCCUUCAUUUAAGUCAAGCUAGCUCUGUUUGCUAUAUAACUGCUCCCAUUCUCUCCAGCAAGCUUGCUAUGGAGUUGAUUUGAUAACCUUAUACCCUGUUGGGAUAAGACCCAGCUGUAUUUUACAGUACUUAAAAAUUCACCUGGAAUCUGGAUUACAUGUUUAGAGGCAGAGGGCAGGUUGAAAUAAUCCAGGGUGAUUCCUCAGUGCUGUAAAAUGCUCUAAAAAUACACCUGUGGCUUUUCUCAAACGGGAAUACGUUGAUCAAGUCAACCACCAACAGGCUCAAAAAGCAAAAAAAAAAAACAAACAAACAAAAAAAACCCCUCAAACUUCAGGAUGACUCAUUUAUCCGAAAAGCUGGAUACCUGUUUUUUUUUCAUGAGUUCCAGGUGUUUUUUCCAUGUCGAUUUGACCAGUAGUACAGUUCAAAGAGGACUGCAGAUUGCUUUAUUAUAUGGUUGGAGUAUUAAAAUAAUUUUCUUUG